CAGACGUUGAUAUUGAUAUCUUCCCGACUUUCGUUAAGGAAACCCAUCUUCGCCAGUCAUGGAAGACGUAAACUACUACUUCAAAACACGAGAGAGUCAAACUUUUCUCUUAAUAAACCCAUACGCUUCUUUAACUCCAUUCAUACGACUCCUUCGCCCUCUUCCUUCUCCUCUUCCAAACACGCUCUAUGCUCAUUAAAGAAUUAAAGAUAUAAUCUUUACUGUGUAUGCUUCCACUUUCUUUGAGCUCUCCAGAAAACCAACAAUGGUGGCAACGGCAACAGAGUUCCUAACCUCAAUAAGGCCUCAAAAUCCCACCUCUAAGCUUGUAUGCUUCUCUUUCGCAGCCUAUGCCAAAACCGUGAUAGAAUAUCUCAAGUGUUUCAAUAUCCCUGUCCUCCCUGGGCUCACUGACUCUGAAUUCUCCUCCAUUGAAUCUACUUUUAACUUCUCUUUUCCUCCUGAUCUUCGCUCCAUUCUCCAAGAAGGCCUUCCUGUUGGCCAUCACUUCCCUAACUGGCGCUCUUCAUCUCCCCAGCAACUCAAGCUUUUGCUAAAUCUUCCUUACUUGAAUAUCUCCAAGAACGUAGCUAACAACAACUACUGGGUUCGUUCUUGGGGUGAUAAACCAGAUGAUAGCAACCGAAGGUUGGAUAUAGUGAAGGAAUUCUUGGAUAAAGCCCCAGUUCUUGUUCCUAUAUACGGCAAUUGUUACAUUCCUUCUACGCCCAACGCCGCUGGGAAUCCGGUGUUUUACGUCGAUGAUGGCGGUGUGCGUGUUUUGAGCUUUGAUGUUGCCAGGUUCUUUCAGGAGGUUGAAUUCUUGCAACGAGGGGUUCAUUUUAUUAGGCCAGCGAUUCAGAAGAGACCCAUUAAUGUGCCGGCCUGGGCGGCGACGGCAGCUCGGAGGAUUGAGUUUUGGACGGAGGUGGCAGAAAGAGGUAGGAGAGUGGUGACGCGUGAUAACACGCACGGAUGGUGGAGCGGUGAGGACUUGGAAUACUGGGAGCUAGGAGAUUGUUUAGAGGACGUGUUCUGGAAGUUGAGAGAUGGAGGGUGGAGAGAAGAGGAGGUGAGGGAGAUGAUGAUGAUGGACGGUUGUGAUCAAGAAAGAGAGAAUGGCUGUGGGGCCAAGCUAGGUAAAGAAGAUGUGGUAGGGCAAGUGAGGGUGUUGUCUCAUGUGUUAUUGCAUGCGGGUUGGAGCAGAGAAGAUGUUGUGUACUCCCUUGAUCUUCAAGAUCAUGAGGAUAAUAUUAUUAGUAGCUCCUGCGUUGGCAAAUUUUCUUUAGACUUUCAAAUUCCAACCACAAAUAGUAGCUGUUCUAGACAGGAUGAUCAUGAAAGGAGCAGCACGAAGCAGUUGAUGAACCUCCGAUCUCUUGAGGUGUGAUGGUCUUGCGCCGCGUUAGUGGCAGAAAUUUUAUAAUAUAAUCAUUUUAUAUGUAUAUAUUAUAUUUACCGAUCAUAGUUGGUCUCAUACAAAUUCACGGUAAUGAAU